CAAAUUUCAAGAGGAAAUCAUGAAGAACUUAGUUUUAUUGGCUAUUGUAUUGAUUUCCUGUUGUUUCGUGACUAUUACCGAGUCAAAGUGUCUUGCAAACUUGCCAGAGUCAACUCCGGUCCCUGGAGACUGUAGUUCGUACCCGACAGCCAAAUUUCUGAGUCAGAAAGACCAAAGAAUAACGUAUUCAUUUCGAACAAUGCCUGUGUCUAACGACUCUCCCUGUAUUCGGGGCACUCCAAAAUGUGAGGUCGCUGACCCCGCAACUUGUGGCCAGCUCUCUUUACACUAUAUCACCACUUCGGGAGAGUCGAAAGCGUUCGAUACGCUGAAUAAUCAAUCGAUUACUGAAUUUCUCGCAUGUCAAAGUGACGGGCUCUGGGGAACUACGGCGGCAGAGAAGUUCACCGAGUUGUGGUGCGAGUGCAGUUUGAACCCUUAAAUGUAUGUGUGUUAAUAUGUUUGUGUUAAUAAAGAAACAAAGUUUUU